AUGGGAAAUGUUGUCGAAAUGAUUGUUUGUGCCACCGGAUGGCCUACACCGACCGUCAAGUGGUUCAAGGACGGCCAAGAGCUCAUAUCCAAAGGUCCUGAUGGUGACAUGGUGAUCUUUACCGAUGACCGAGGUAUCCACCAUCUCGUGCUGCUCAACGUAGGUCCUAAAGAUGAAGGUGAAUAUGCGUUGGAAGCCACUAACAAGCUUGGCUCAGCCAGAACCGAAGGUGUACUGAGCAUCAUUCGACCACGUCAUGUUGAAGGUUACGGUCCUGAUGACAGGGGUGGCAUGCCUUUCCCACCUGGUUUCGUACGACAGCUAAAGAACAAGCACGUAUUCAACCGUAUGCCAACGAUAUUCGACUGUUUGGUGGUCGGCUAUCCACCACCAGAAGUUGAAUGGCUUCACAAUGGCAGGAAAGUCGUACCUGGAGGACGAGUCAAGAUUCAGUCCUGUGGCGGCGGAUCCCAUGCUCUGAUUGUUCUUGAUACCACCGUCGAAGAUGCUGGCGAGUAUGUGGCUGUGGCCAGGAAUUCUCAUGGUUCAGCUAGUUCUUCUGCUAUACUUGACGUCACUGUUCCUCAUCUCGACAACAUCAAAUUCAAUGGAGAAAUUGACGUGACUCCUUAUCUUACUGAGGAAUACGGCUUCAAGAAACUUAACUAUGCCAGUCUACCAACUCCACCGGAUCGUGGCCCAUUCAUCAAGGAAGUCACCGGUCACUACCUCACCCUCUCAUGGAUCCCAACUAAACGGGCACCACCUCGUUAUCCUCAAGUAUCAUAUGUCAUCGAGAUUCGUGAACUUCCCGAAAAAGAAUGGACUUUGCUUGACUACAACAUUCCCGAACCAGUAUGUAAAGUGCGAAAUCUUGAACUGGGCAAAUCGUAUCAAUUCCGAGUCAGAGCCGAGAAUAUCUACGGAAUUUCCGAUCCAUCACCAGCCUCUCCACCUUCAAGGUUAAUGGCACCACCCCAACCAGUGUUGGACAAGAACAAGAAGGUGAUUCCCCUGCUCGACCCCUAUGCGGAAAAAGCUCUCGAUCUUGCUCAUGCAGAACAAUACGGUAAGUCAAGUAUGAACUGA